GUCUGAUGCCAAUGUUAUCAUCAUAUAUAUAUAAAGAUACUUUAUUAUUUUCUAACAUCAGUGAAUGAAUAGUAGUUUGUCAGUAAUAAUGUCAUUGUGAAGUGUGUGUGUAUUUCAGUGAUUUCGUCUUACGAUUUGUCGACUGGCAAACUGGACUCAUUCAUAAUUCUCAUUGAUUUUCUUGUUACUACAAAAAAUAUUCAAAGUUAAUCUUUUAAUAUGUAAUUGGAAGUGGAACCCUAAAAGUUGAUUUUAAAGCUCGUGAAUUAUUUAUGUUGGAAGAUCUAGAUGAGAGUACCCAGUUUUUACUGUAAAAUAAACCAUGGCAUAUUUGUUGACAGUAAUCUCAAUAACAGGGUCUAUCCUGUUAACACCGUUUUUGAUGCUUCUUGUGUGUAUAAUCUUUUUAGCAUCAAUCGGCCAGUCAUUAGGAAUAAGGAGAUUAUAUGUUAAAAUCCUUCUUAUGAUUUUUGAGUAUGGACGGAAGGAUAUAGAAUCAGCUCAGAAAUAUAAAACUUUAGAAACACCCGAUGAGGAUGAUGAAGGCUACAGCGAAGAAAUUACACCACCCGAAAAAAAUAACGAUCCUUCGCUAACUUCUCCUCCAAAUGGUAUAUCCAAUGGAGGGAAUACUCUGAUCAGCAGAGACGAUAAACUUGUUUUUAAACCAGAACCUCCUACUCAACAGCACAAAGAAGAGGACAAAUUAUCUGAUGAAGAACUGAAAGAAACAAAUAAGGAGCAAUACAAAGAUUUAGACUUAUCUGAAGUAUGUGAUUAUGUGAAAGUUGGAGUGGAAGCUAUCAUAGAAGAUCAAGUAACGUCAAGGUUUGAAGCGGAAGAACUGAAAAACUGGAAUUUACUGAUUCGAACAAAUAGAGGAUACGAAUUCAUAUCAUGGAAAUUGACUGUCAUUUGGAUAUGCGGAUUUUUCAUCAGAUAUUUUUUCUUAUUUCCUUUGAGGGUUAUAAUAUGCUGCUUUGGAGUAGGCAUGUUGAUGGUUUCAACAGCCAUAAUAGGGUUUAUGGCAGAUGGUGUGUUCAAGAGUUGGCUCAAUGAAAAGUUUUAUCUAAUAUGCUUCAGGGUAUGUGUCAGAUCAUUUUCAGGAGUUGUUCGAAUUCACAAUAAACAGUACAGGCCAACUUGUGGAUCCGUUUGUGUAGCUAAUCAUACUUCUCCGUAUGAUGUUGUUGUUCUAUCCACAGACAACUGUUAUUCUAUGAUUGGACAACGACAUGGUGGUUUCUUAGGGAUUUUCCAAAGGGCUCUUGCUAGAGCUUCUCCCCAUAUAUGGUUUGAGAGAUCGGAAACUAGGGAUCGGCAUGCUGUAACAAGCAGAUUGAAAGAACACAUUUCAAAUCCCAAAAACCCUCCUAUUCUUAUUUUCCCCGAAGGGACUUGCAUUAACAACACUUCUGUUAUGCAGUUCAAGAAAGGAAGCUUUGAAAUUGGAAGUGUCAUUUAUCCAGUUGCCAUCAAGUAUGAUCCAAGAUUUGGAGACGCUUUCUGGAACAGCAGCAGGUAUUCCAUGUUGCAAUAUCUUUACAUGAUGAUGACAAGCUGGGCUAUAGUCUGUGAUGUUUGGUACUUACCUCCAAUGCACCAGCAAGAAGGUGAAUCUGCAAUAGAUUUCGCGAACAGGGUAAAAAGUGCAAUUGCCAAGCAGGGAGGAUUGGUAGAUAUGGUGUGGGACGGCCAAUUGAAAAGAGUUAGAGUUAAAAAGGAAUGGAAAGAAAGACAGCAAGAAGAAUUUACCAAGAGGUUGAAAGCUGAGUGAUAAUUGCCUCGCUAAGCUUUAGUAAUUAAUAUACCUUUUAGCCUACUAGUGUAGAAAAAUGAUUUCACCAUUUAAGUUUAGUGAUGUGUUUUCGCUAAUGUUUGUUAAUAUUUUUUGUUGAGAGCAGUAAAUCUAGUCUUUCGACCUUAUGUCAUAUUUUUCAUUUUUGAAAUAGAUUUUUACAAAAUAUCAUGUGAUUGUAGGUUUUGAUUUGUGAAAAAGUGGAUCGUGAUAAGUAGAUUAAUUCAAAUGCUAAUGCGCAGUGUUGACUAUAUUUAAUUUAAAAUAUUCAAACCUU